GGGGCUGUCAAGAAACAACUUGUUUCUCAAGCAAUAACGGGGGCACACAGGCAGGGUCCUUGUGCUUUUGUUCGAACAUUGAAGAUAGAGGAAACGAUGCCUUCAUCCGACCCACCAUCUCCUGCGUCCGGCAAGGACUCAGCAGCGGCUUCCUCUUCGACACGAAGCCCGGGUACCUUCUCCUUGUCUCUCGGCGCAGGCAAGGCCUCGAAACCGUCGCCGCUCGCACGGAAACCUCUCACCACAUCCGGCACGAAACGGCCUCACUCAUCCCUCCAUGACUCGGACGAUGAAGACGACGCCGCAGCGGGCGCACAGCCUCAGCUGGUGUCGAGCUUUGACCACUCCGCCGGCGGUGCAAUCAGCAUAGACGGGCCCGCCGAGAAGAAAGCACCGCUCACCAUACCUACACUCAAGAAUCGGGACUGGCGCGAAGAAAGCCGGCGGAAACGCAGCAAGAACCUUCUUCCGCCCGAGGUCCAGGCAGCGCAACAAGCGGGCCAAGCAUCAUCAUCAUCAUCAUCAGCGAAUGAAAGAGACUUUGAUGUCGUUAAUAGCGGACCACAGGCCUUCGGACUCAACUUUGUCCGCCGGGAGGAAGUCGUCAUCGCUCCGCAAGGCACAAGUGACCUUGUCGAGGAUGGCCAGGCCGCGGAAUCAUCCAGCGCGACAGUUACCGCUACACCUACACCCAAAACAAUGGACGAGCUCGCACUCGAGGCCCUUACAAGCGACGGGACAAACAAGACAGGCUCGAAUCUCGUCCUCCCGGCCGUCGAAGAAGCGCGGACUACCGGUGCCGACCGGCCAGCCCUAUGGGAGGCCAGAAACGAAGACGAGGCGUUCAGAAUGGAUAUCGAGUCACGGCCGGAAUCUGCGUCCCUUGAUGCGUAUUCGGCCGUACCCGUCGAAGAGUUCGGCGCGGCCCUGCUUCGCGGAAUGGGCUGGAAGGAAGGAGACGCUGUAGGCAAGAGGAGAGAGCAAGUCACCAAGCCCCGCGUGGUCGAGCGUCGUCCGGCUUUGCUGGGUAUCGGCGCCAAGGAAGUUCCAGGCGGCAUGGAGGAAUUUGGCGCCUGGGGGAAAGCAGCCUCCGGAGGAGGGGGUCCAGGAAAAGGUCGCAAGCAAAGAGCGGUGGAUAAGAUAUAUAAUCCCGUGGUGCUGAAGAAUACGAAGACGGGCGAAAUGUUGACCGAGGACGAACUUAAAGCCAAAGCGGAAGAACAGAAACGUCUCAUCGAAGAGGAGGAUUGGAAAGAGAGGCGGGAUAGGAAUCUCGCGGCGGAUCGGGACAGGAAGAGGGAUAAGGAGAGGAGUAGACGCAGUUCAAGAGAACGAGAACGGGAAAACGACCGGGACAGAGAUUCUCGAGACUCAUCUACCCACCGACGCUAUCGCGACCACCGCGAUAGUGACCGGGAUUCCUACAAACACGAAAGCAGCAGUCGAAGCAGACACAGCUCGUCGCGGAGAGACCGAGACCGAGAAUACGACGAUUAUUCUCGAUCAUCUGAAAGCAGCAGCAGUAGGCGCAGGCGCCGAAAUGAUGACUAUGACGAUGACGACGGUCGUGAUUAUUACAAGGAUGAUAGGAAAGACAGAGACAAGGACCGAGACCGCCGACGUGAAAGAGAUCGAGAGGACAGACGGUAUGAUUCCACAUCAUCUUCUUCGAGGAGGAGAGAUAGGGAUCGAGAUUAUCGACGGGAUUAGAUGUCGUUGUUGUUCGCGCCAUGAGCGAAAAAUAAGUGGUUUGAACUUUGGUAUUGAAGCCCGUCAUUGGAGCCUGUCAUUGGAUGUCGAUGUCGAUGUCAAUAUUAUAAUAGAUCAAAGGUGUAUAAAAGUUACUAGGAGAUAUACAAGAACAUUCCGGUCUGGGUGUCUCCAUUCUAUCAAAGACUCUUAAAUGGAUACCGGUGUGUUGUAUACACGUCGUACAUACAAAAAUCACAGUUCAUUGAGGACAAUUUGAUAUGUGUCUUAGGUAAAGGAAAAAUAAGAAGGUUUAAAAAAUGGCACGAAUGUCUAAA